UACUGAGUGGUUUAGUGCUUAAAAUGUAUGUCUGUACACAUGUGAUUGUACGCAUCAUGUACAAGUGUUUUUCUCUUUUUCCGUCUUUGCUUUGACGUUUAGCGUACUCCGCAGUAAUUCCCUUAUUCGCGUUGUGGGGGAGCUUUUAAUAGCCCUUCGCACAGUCGCGGUCUGACAGGGUUGUUUCUUUAGCGCUUACACCAAUUUAAAAACACCACACUAACGCCACUAUACACAAUGGCGCCACUGUAGUUUUAAGUUGAGUUUAGUCACUUCACUAUGUUUUAAAUGAGUUGUGUAUAGUGGCUCUGCGAUAUUAAACCAAUAGUGGUUUGUGUCUCCACUACGAUUUUAAACGAGUUGUGUAUAGUGACUUCACUGCGAUUUUAAAUAAGUUGCACCUUUUUUUAACACAACAUCAAACAGGUGCGAUAGAGCGGAUUCAAUAAAAUCGUAUGUAUGUCGUGUCUGCGGCUGUCCACUGCGGCUUCAAGUGGGCUUUGUAGGGCGAGGCCAUUCUGUUUUAAAAAAAAUUGUCUACACUGACACUGAUUGGUGGCGCCAGUGCACUGUGUUUUUAAAGCUUUUGUGUAUCAAAGCGCCAGUGUUCCAAAAGCUGUUUACAGAACUCGUAGAUCUGUCAGAUGUUGUGUGGCAGAACACCUUCAAAAUCGAGCGAAGUUUAACUGUUUGGAUUUUAUUGCCGCGACCGUCAGGGCUCAAAGCAUCGGAAGACACACACAUUGAUUUUGCAGCUGUUGAGGCAAGUGUAUAGUGUGACCAAAAUAUGGAUGCCUUGGACGGUACGACAACGGAACUGCACAAGAGGUUUCUACAGGCGGAGAGCUCAAUAUCCAUUCCUUCGGAUUGCAUCGGCGACAUCGAGGUGAUGGAUGGAAAUGAAUUGAAAGCCUCAUUUUACGAAUAUGCAGAUGCUGUGCCAAAGUAUUUCAACGAUCAAAUAGGGAAAUUGAGCGAAGGGAUAAGUUUCACGGUGACUGGGAAUCUCUUGGUAAACUGCGAGAGGUUUUCCAUAAAUCUUGCUUAUAACAAUGAAUCGCGAGAUGUGGCGCUCCACAUUAAUCCACGACUGCCACAAAACUAUAUUGUUCGCAACACCAAAGUACAGGAUAUUUGGGGAAGCGAGGAAGUGUCCUCGGCAUUGCCGUUUCUUUUAAGUCGAGGCGAGAAGUUUUCCAUUCAAGUGCUAGUUACUGAAGCAUGCUAUAUGAUAUCGGUAAACGGACAACACUUUGCAGCGUACACUCAUCGAAUCCCUUAUGGGGAUGUUCGCAUUCUGGAAGUAAAAGGAGAUGUAAGUAACGUGGAAAUGAAGCGAACUUUGGUCUUAAAAUAUCCUGAACGAUUAGCCCAGUCAGAGGCUAAUAACAUUGAGCUUCACAUAGAUGAUGGGAUUAAUGAAAUUGACGCCAGCGUUGAGGAGACUGUUAAAAUACCUCAUGAGUGGUGCCUUAUUAGCGCCCCGAACACAGAGUCGGACAGUUCACCUAAGCGUAACUGUAGUUCGAAUGAUCUUGGCCUUACUUUGCCUUAUUAUGGAGCAUUGCCACCAAAUUCGUUGGUCGAAGGUCGAUGCUUGAAGAUUGAAGGGAGAGUGCGAUUGCUUCCACACUCGUUUUACAUAAACCUGCAACAGGGGCAGGACAUAUGGCCACAUCCAGUAAUUGCAUUCCACCUAAACCCACGUUUUUCGAAAGCAAGCAGCGGCGCUAUUGGAAAGGCGGUGGUGUGUAGAAAUGCCUGGCUUAAUGGAGCUUGGGCACAAGAAGAGCGUUCGGAGUUUGACACAAACUUUCGCCCUGGGCGGUCUUUUUGUUUAGCCAUUGUUUGUACCAAAACAUCCUUUGAGGUGUAUGUCAAUCGGCAGUUUAUGACUGAUUUUAAAUAUAAGGUUAACCCUGCGGUGGUGGACACCGUCUACAUACAAGGAGAUGUUAAGCUUUGGAAUGUAACGCUUGAAAAAAAUCAGAUGAUUAAAGGCAAAAAUUUGCGAGUCUAUCAGAAUCCAUGGUACGUUAGUGAGUAGUAGCUGUUUUUUUUUUUUUUUUUUUAGUAAUUUAGCGACAAUAAAAAAGUGAUACGCUCGUGUUUCAUUAUAGAAUAUUUUUGUUAAUAAAUAAAAUUUUGAUUAUUCUUACUUGGA